AUGAGAGCACGUAUGGUAGGACCAGGAAGUUCUUCUUCCAAUUACAAAUCAACCACUGAUCCAUGUAGAUUCAUGGGAUGUGGACCAUCAUCAUCUACUUCAUCUGGUUACAGAAAGGGAGGAAAUGCUGCUGGACCAAUGGCUUCUAAAGGAACAUGGGCUGCUACUACUGAUAUUGGAAAAACUGCAGCAGUUGGAGCUGAUACUUAUGAAGCUGGUUACAGAAAGGGAGGAAAUGCUGCUGGACCAAUGGCUUCUAAAGGAACAUGGGCUGCUACUACUGAUAUUGGAAUUACAGCUGGUGUUGGAGCUGAUACCUAUGAAGCUGGAUAUAGAAGAGGAGCUGAUGCUGCUGGACCAAUGGCUUCAAAGGGAACAUGGGCUGCUACUACUGAUUCUGGAAUUACAGCACCAUGCUCAGGAACUGAACCAAUUCCUGAUUCAUACGAAGCAGCUGCUGUCUUAGCUGAACAAAGAAAACUUGAAGAAGAGGCUGCUAAUGCUGCUGCUGAACAACAAUAA